AUGAUCGAGCGGGCAAAAGCGCUCCUGGACGUGCGCACAGAGGAGGCGGAGGCCUUGUUGAGUCACUUCUCGUACGAUUUCGAAGCCGCCGCGACGGCGUGGUUCGAGGACACGAGAAAGGUGCGCGAGACGUCGGGGUUGAUCGAUGCAAAGACGAGACGCGAAAAUAGCGAAGCAGCGAUGUCGUCGGGUGGAACGCGAGGGUGCGGGAUUUGCUUCGAGGACUUUCCAGGGGAUGCUUUGACGACGGUCGGGUGCGCGCAUGAAUUUUGCGACGAGUGUUGGUCGGGAUGGGUGACGAGCAAGGUGAAUGAUGGGCUUUCCGUGGUCAACACGCGGUGUCCUAUGUGUCCUGCCAAAGUCCCCGAGUCCAUGAUUCGAAAGUUUCUUAGUGAUGAAGAUGAAACGAAGUUUGAUACAUUCUUGCGGCGGUCGUUUUUGGAAAACAACGCCAAGUUGCGCCCUUGCAUUGGCGUCGAUUGCGAAUGUGCCAUCGCCGUCGAGCAACUGCCGACCAAUCCCGUGAGUGUGAAAUGCAACUGUGGUGCCGAAUUCUGCUUUUCGUGCCAGAGUGAGCCCCACGUGCCUGUGAAUGAUUGUGAAGUCGCGAAGAAGUGGAUGGACAAAAUCAACUCCGACGGUGUGAACUCGGAGUGGAUGCUAGCUAACACGAAGGGAUGUCCGAAGUGUCAUCGACCGAUCUUGAAGAAUGGAGGAUGUAUGCACAUGCACUGCUCACAGUGCCAUUGCUCGUUUUGCUGGCUUUGUCUCGGACCUUGGGAUUCCGGGCCGUACGCCUGCGCCAGACGCUGCAACAAAUACAGUGGAGACAAAACCGGCGACGAAAACAGGCGGAAACGAGCCAGAGAUUCUCUCGAGCGCUACGUGUUCUACUAUGAACGCUAUAGAGCGCACGAGGAUGCGAGUAAAAAAGCCGAACAAGACGUCGAGAGAUUCAAAGACAGCGUGCUUGACAUAUUGAUCGAUUUACAGCGUACGUCCAAGCAACAAGUUGUUUUCAUCAUGGAUGCGCUCAGGCAAGUGACCGAGUGCAGGAAAAUUUUGAAAUGGACUUACGCGUACGCGUAUUACGAAUUUGCCGACGAUCAGAGCAAGAAAGAGUUCUUUGAGUACAUUCAAGGUGACAUGGAGCGUUGUCUCGAGCUCCUGUCUCGCAUGAUUGAAUCAGACAUCAAACCAUUCCUUCCGCCAGAGCCGGAAGAUGAUGAACAGAAACAAAACGUGUCGCCGCCGUCGACGCUAACUGAUGAACUUCAAGAUGGGAAAUACCAGUACGCACCCGAAAAGCAAGAGAGUCUGGAAAACGACUUUGCCCUAUACAAAGCUCGACUCAUCGACACCACUGCCGUGUUGCGCAAGUUCACGGAUACGUUGGUUUCGGAAAUGGCUAAAGGUUUGCUCGGCGCUAGAAACAUAGACAAAACUGAUUGA